GUGAUUAAAUUGGGAAAUUCCUAUAUGACGUCAUAUGACAUGUAUAGAGUCAACAACAGUUAUACCAGUAAUAAUAAUGGAGACAGGCCCCUCUACAGCCAGCAUGAAGGAAACAAACAUCUCCACAUUCGUGUUCCUUGACUUCGAAAGCACCAGUUUACUGGACAGAAAAUGCCGUAUAACAGAACUGUGUCUCUUGGCUGUGAACAGAGUGGACAUGAAUGAAGCUGGAAAUUUCCCAAGAGUAACAAACAAACUGACGCUGUGUCUCGACCCACAGACACCUAUCUCCAUGACAUCUAGUAAUAUCACUGGUUUAUACAACGACAGUUUAGAAAACCAGAAAGCCCUCACUGAGGAAACAGUUGCACUUAUCAACUCUUUCUUGAAUCAUCUCAGUAAACCAGUCUGCUUGUUGGCCCACAAUGGAAACCGAUUUGAUUUUCCAUUGCUUGUAUCAGAACUUAAAAGAAUCAACCAAUCACUUGACAGUUUACUUCUAUGUGCAGACACUUUAGAAGCCUUUAGGUCAUUGGAUGGCUUGCCAGCAAAGUAUGAUCCAUUGUCCAAUCAGAAUACAGGAAAGAAAUAUCAAAAUUCACCAAAUAAAAGUCAGGUCACUCCUGCAAAAUCUGCAAAUUCAAGUACAAAUUCUCUUUUGAAGAGAAAGGGAACGCAAGAUUUAGAUGCUUUAAAUGACCAGUCACCAAAAGUAAGCAAACAACAUCCUUCUGGAGACAUGAAACUUUCUGCAGAGAAAGUUAAGAAAAAGCUUAAUUUUGAAAAAGUUGCAAGUGAUAUUGAGAAUGAUACUGAGCAGACAAAUGAUGCAUAUGUUAAUAAUAAUGCCACUGCAAACAAGGGAGAAAUAGUUGAAGAGUUUUCAGCAAGUUUAGAAGAUGAGGACUAUCUCUUUGCACUUGAAAAUGCUGAGAAAGAGCUUUGUAAAGAAACUCUGGUAUUUGGUAAAUCUGAAAAUGAACAUGUCACUGAAAAGUUUUGUAAUGACACUAAGCACCAAAAUGAAGAUAAAAAUUCUACAAGUUCAUCAGUCAGUAAUCCUGCAGGUUGUGCAACACUUUCUGAACCAUGCUGUAUAGCUAAUGGCACUGGUUACUAUGUCAGGCAAAAUACCAAUGAAAGUCUAACAAUGGAGUCAGGUGAUUCUCUAUUGAAACGUUUCAAGACGAAUGGUAAUGAUACAGCUGCCUCAGCUGAAUCUGUGAAUCAAAGUACAAGUUCUGCUAUCUGUGUAAGCAGGACUGUUAACCAUUUAAAAGACACUGUAUCCACAAAUGGAACAAAAACCCAAGUGUCCUGUACUAAAACAAAUUUUGUUGUCACACUGAGACCAAACCAAAAUUCACCAUUACCUGUUCAAAUAAGUGAUUCUAUUCCAAGGAAUAAUUCAACUAAAGCAACAGAAGCAGCUUGUAAUUCUUCAGAACCAGUAUCAUCUACUUCAGAUAUGCGGGAUUCUUCAAACUCUGAGUCAAAAUCUGUUUCAACAGCCAAUGAACUAAAUUCAUCAAAAUCAGAAUCCACUCAUUUUUCAUUAGCAAAUGCAUCAGGCUCUUCAAAAUCAGUAUCAGUGCCAUUCUCAGCAGCAGAUGAAGCAUCUUCUUCAAAAUCAGGAUCAACAUUAGUGUCACAUACAGAUGUAUCAGGCUCUUUAAAGUCUGGUCUUAAGUCAGAUUCAGCUAAAACCACACAUAAUUCUUCAAUAUCAGGAGCUACACCAAUCCCAGCAGCAAAUACAUUAAGUUCCUUAAAAUCAAAACCAGUUUCAGGAGCAGAUACACAAAAUGGAUCUCCAAAUUUCCAAAGACAGUCAUACAAACUAGGGGAAGUAUAUCUGCGGAAAUUUGGAAGCCGACCCCCUCAGUCACAUAAAGCUGAAGACGACUGUAUUACUAUGUUGAAGAUUGCAAAGUUUUCCCCAGGCUUUAUGGAAUGGGUAGAUAAAAAUGCAAUAUUGCUUUCUACAAUACCGUCACCAUUUUGAUCGGUGUUGUAGAUUGAAAAGUGUUCUAGAGAUGCAAUCUCUUACCAGUAUUUCAUUCUGAUAUUCCUUCACCAUUUUGAUCUAUAUAGUUGUUUUAUUUUCAUAGUGUAUUUAGUAUUUUUUUUUUAUAUUUACUAUGUUAUGAACUUGUUUAUGAUGGAGAAAGCAAGCUAUAUUUAUACAAGAGUUUACAUGUUUUAUGACCUGACUUUGGUCUGCAAUUUUUAAAUUAUACUGUCUAAGAAUAAUUAAAAAAUGAUUUAACCAAUGUGAAGCAAAAAUAUUUUCAUCUUUUGUUUGUUUGUCAUAGUUAAACCUUGCUAAUAAUUCUCAGGUUUUAAAUAUGAAAUUGAUGGAUAAAAUACAGUAUUGGCUUACCAUUUUUGAUAUUGCAAAGUGUUCUCUAGUCUUUAUACAAUUAGUGGAUAUUAUCAUAUGUACCAUUUUGACAGUUGUUAAAGAUGAUUUUUUUUCUUUAUAGCAUGUUUAGCAUGUUUUUUCUUAAUACAUGUAGCAUAUAAUUAGUAUUGUUUAUCAUAUAUUUGAUAUUUUAUAAACUUGUUAAAUCUGAAUGCAAGAUUUUACUUGUUUUCUGCCCUUAUUUUGGUCUACCUUUAACUUUUAACUUAUACAAAAAAUUGUUUUAAAACAAAUUUUGUUGUUGUUUCAAAAUUAAUUUUUGUAAUAUUUUCACCUUUUACGCAAGUCAUACAUUUUUGCAUACAGAAACAAAAUGUGACCAACUUAUUUUUAUAUUUUCACAUCAGCCUAUCAUCCUCACAUUUUGUAUAUAUCAUCUGUUUGAAUGUAAACAGCUCUAUGACAUGCUUUACAUCAAGCUUAUUCUUCUGCUUGCUGAUAUUAGCAUCAUUUUUAUCUUUUUGAUUUUACAUAUCAAUGUCAUGCAAUAUGUAAUGAUGUAUUGCAAGGUACACUGUUUUUUUGUGCCCCCACUCCCAUGAGUGGUGGGAGCAUAUAGAUUUGGUCUUGUCUGUCCGUCCGUCUGAAGUAGUAAAAAUGCACAUUUUCACCUUGUGACCCGCCUAGCUCAAAAAGUAUUUUAUAUAAAUUGAUGAAAACUUGCAUGAGUCUUUAUCAUGAUAUAAACUUGCACACCUUGUAUUUUUUGGCUGGUUCCACCCCAUAUUUUUAAAGUUAUGGCCCCUGAAAUAGUAAAAAAUGCACAUUUUCACCUAAUGACAUGCCUAGCUCAAAAAUUAUUUGAUGUAAACUCAUUAAACCUUGUUUGAGUCUUUAUCAUGAUGUGACCUUGCACACUUGGCAUUCUUCUUGAGAAUCUUAGCGCUUAUUACAGAGUUAUGGCCUUGAAAUAGCCAAAAUAGUGGAUUUUUUUGUUUGUGAUGCUCAUAGCUCAAAAAGUGUAUGGCCUAGAAUAAUGAAUCAUUUUUAUAAAAUGUUUGUUGAGGCUAUACCCCCUUAAGACUGCAAACAUUUGAAUUAUUGCCCCUUAUUUGUGACAAAUGUACCAGUGGGGGCACACCCUGUGUCCUACAGACACAUUCUAGUUUAAAUGGUUAUUUGUUUUUAGCUCACCUGUCACAAAGUGACAAGGUGAGCUUUUGUGAUCGCGCAGUGUCCGUCGUCCGUCUGUUAGUCCGUCCGUAAACUUUUGCUUGUGACCAUCCUAGAGGUCACAUUUUUCAUGGGGUCUUUAUGAAAAUUGGUCAGAAUGUUCACCUUGAUGAUACCUAGGUCAGGUUCGACACUGGGUCACGUGCGAUCAAAAACUAGGUCAGUAGUUCUAAAAAUAGAAAAACCUUGUGACCUCUCUAGAGGCCAUAUUUUUCAUAAGAUCUUCAUGAAAAUUGGUCAGAAUGUUUACCUUGAUGAUAUCUAGGUCAAGUUUGAAACUGGGUCACAUGCCCUCAAAAACUAGGUCAGUAGGUCAAAUUAUAGAAAAACCUUGUGACCUCUCUAGAGGCCAUAUUUUUCAUGGGAUCUGUAUGAAAAUUGGUCUGAAUGUUCAUCUUGAUGAUAUCUAUGUCAUGUUUGAAACUGGGUCACGUGCAGUCAAAAACUAGGUCAGUAGGUCUAAAAAUAGAAAAACCUUGUGGCCUCUCUAGAGGCCAUAUUUUUCAUUGGAUCUGUAUGAAAGUUGGUCUGAAUGUUCAUCUUGAUGAUAUCUAGGUCAAGUUUGAAACUGGGUCACAUGCAGUCAAAAACUAGGUCAGUAGGUCUAAAAAUAGAAAAACCUUGUGACCUCUCUAGAGGCCAUACUUCUGAAUGGAUCUUCAUGAAAAUUUGUCAGAAUGUUCACAUUGAUGAUAUCUAGAUCAAGUUCAAAAGCGGGUCACGUUCCUCAAUAUCUAGGUCAGUAGGUCAAAUAAUAAAAAAACCUUAUGACCUCUCUAGAGGCCAUAUUUUUCAUGGGAUCUGUAUGAAAGUUAGUCUGAUUGUUUAUCUUGAUGGUAUCUAGGUCAAGUUAGAAACUGGGUCAACUGCGAUCAAAAACCAGGUCAGUAUUUCUAAAAAUAGAAAAACCUCUCUAGAGGCCAUACUUUUGAAUGGAUCUUCAUGAAAAUUGGUCAGCAUGUUCACCUUAAUGAUAUCUAGGUCAAGUUUGAAACUGGGUCACAUGCCAUCAAUAACUAGGUCAGUAGGUCAAAUAAUUAAAAAACCUUGUGACUUCUCUAGAGGCCGUAUUUUUCUUGGGAUCUCUAUGAAAGAUGGUCUGAAUGUUCAUCUUGGUGAUAUCUAGAUCAAGUUUGAACUGGGUCAGCUGUGGUCAAAAACUAGGUCAGUAUGUCUAAAAAUAGAAAAACCUUGUGACCUCUCUAGAGGCCAUACUUUCGAAUGGAUCUUCAUGAAAAUUGGUCAGAAUGUUCACUUGAUGAUAUCUAGGUCAAGUUUGAAACUCGGUCACGUGCUGUCAAUAACUAGGUCAGUAGGUCAAAUAAUAAAAAACCUUGUGACCUCUCUAGAGACCAUAUUUUUCAAUGGAUCUUUAUGAAAAUUUUUCAGAAUUUUUAUCUUGAUGAUAUCUAGGUCAGGUUCAAAACAGGGUCACAUGAGCUCAAAAACUAGGACACUAUGUCAAAUAAUAGAAAAAAACAACGUCAUACACAGUUCAAAACUGGGUUAUUUGGGGACAGGUGAGCGAUUUAGGACCAUCAUGGUCCUCUUGUUCCAUUUGUUUUUCAUUAGGAGCAUUUAGCCUAGAUCAGUUUCAUGUGCUUUAUUGUGUAUUAUAGAAUAUUUGUUUCUUUAGCUAUUAGAUAUUUGUUAUUUUUAACUUUAGUAGAUAUACUUAAAAUAAAAUGAAAAAUGGGUCAAA